CCAUCUCUCCCCCAGAACAACCACCGACCGCCGUCGCUUUUGAAAGAUAAAAACCAUUACGUCGUCAUCGCCUUCCUCCCAACUUCCCAUUUAUAAAAACUACCGACCUCCUCCUACCUCACACCUCUAACAAAUUUUCUUUAAAGCCCUCCCUCCUCCAUCCCCCUCCCUACGCCAACCCAAACUCAUCCCUUCUCCUCUCUUUCUAUCGUAUCUUUCUUCUCUAUUCAUCGCCACCAAUCAUAUCUUUGGUUCUCUUUCAUUACCAUCACUGUAGUGCUAUUGGUUGUGUCCAUUUUUCGUCGGCGACGAAGCGAUGGGCCGCCGGCUUCACGGAGAGCACCUCAAGCAGCUGAGGGACAUCUUCGCCCGGUUCGACAUGGACUCGGACGGCAGCCUCACCCAGCUGGAGCUCGCGGCCCUCCUCCGCUCCCUCGGUUUGAAGCCCACCGGCGACCAGAUCCAUGCCUUGCUUUCUAACAUGGACGCCAAUGGAAAUGGCUCCGUCGAGUUCAACGAGCUCGCCGACGCCAUCGCCCCCUUGAUGAGCGAGCAGGCCCUCGUCAACCAAGAACAGCUCCUGGACGUCUUCCGGUCGUUCGACCGCGACGGCAAUGGUUAUAUAUCGGCCGCGGAGCUGGCCCGGGCGAUGGCGCGGAUGGGGCAGCCGCUCACCUUCUGCGAGCUGACCGAGAUGAUGCACGAGGCCGACACCGACGGGGAUGGUGUAAUCAGCUUCACGGAGUUCGCCGCCGUAAUGGCCAAGUCCGCCACCGACUUUCUUGGCCUUGCCGUGUCCUAGGAUCGCCGGACUCGGUCUCGAGCCUUUCAUUGACCUGGUCGACCGGCGGCCCCCUUGGUUAAUUUUAUUACUGUAGCGCGGUUGUUGUUCUUGGUAGGUUUGUGAUAAAAUGUACAGAAGGGGUGAUGAGAUUGGAGGACGGUGACAAGGCGGUGGAAAUGCAGGACAAAGUUUCUAAUGAUCUUCCCCCCACUGUAAAAGUCUCCAUGGGGGGAGAGAGAGAGGGUUUCAGAAAUGGAAAGAUUUUUGAUCUCAUAUAUUUUUUUUCUGGUUCCAAUCGUCCGUCUCGAAGGCCGUUCUUUCUUCAAUUUUGGUAAAACAUGAUGACUUUUUCGGCUUCCCCUGGUUCUUCUCUUUGGUUUGAAUGGUAAUUUGGAAGGAAAACAAAUGGAGGAGACUUUUGCAAGACGUUUUAUGUUACUUUUCUUUUUCUUAUUUUUAUUUAUUUACGUGCAGCGUGAAUAUAUGUCGCCUUCUUGCUGUAUGAUCUUCGAAUUAUUUUUAUUUUUAUUUUUAUUUUGCACGUUAAUCUGGACUGUGGAUCUAAGAUAAACUAGGCCCAUUAGAUCUAUCAAAUGAAUUAAUUAAUAUUGUCCAAGCUGCAGUUUAGUUGCUUUCCAUUUGAUGUUGUCUUGUCUUCUUAAUUCAUUCUUUGAAGUCUUCUUCUUUUUAAAUUAUACUCUUUUAGCUUCGUCUGCCUUAAAUGUGAUGCCCGAGUGACGAGGAACACUAGCCCCAUAUUGCCAUGAUAUCUCAAUUUGAACGCCCUUGACACGGUCCUCUUGGAUGAAAUGUAGCUCCAUAUUGCCAUGAUAUCUCAAUUUGCACGCCCUCGACACGGCCCAAGCAUUUGAUUACAGGGUCCAGACAACUACAUUUAGCCGAACUGUGCAGGUCUAGAUAUCACAAACACCACAUGGAUGACGGUACCAAUUAGUUUCAUUGAUAAAGUCAUUGAUUAUUUGAUUUUGAGUCUCAUCUUUACCCUAAUUUAUGAUCUCAAUUAAUUUCAAUGGAAUACAUGGCAUUAGAUUUUAUUUGACACCUUACGUUGCCCGCUAAAAUGUUAAGAUUGGGAGGACCAUCAAGGACCAUCACGCUCAUGACAAACAGCAAAGAUGAACCGUUACCAACCCAAAAGAGAGGACACGAGCAACGAGAACUGAUGGGGCUGCAAGCAUCGUGAUGGCGAUGAGAAAAUGAAGUUGUAAAAAAUGACAGUAUUGUAGUGAUCUGUCUCGCUGGAACUCCGCCACCCCUAAAGACGUAUAGAAAACCAGAACUACAACCCUGCAUACUAACAAUAUAUCAUCACAUCAGCAACCGAGUCCAAAUUGAAGGAGGGGAAAGAACUGUUCGUCUUGCACUACAAAAGUUUUCGCGUGACGGGAGGCCGCUACCGUGCACCUCAGAUGGGAAGGAUCAACAAACUCCUGCCUUGACUUUCUCCAGCAAUCACAACAUCAUGCACCUUUGGGCAUCAAACCAAUCCAGCGCACAAGUUCAUCCAGCCGGUUCUCUCAUAAACGAUUGGAGGCAAGAAUGCAAGAAUUCAGUGCACAGCCAAAUUUAAACUAAUAGAGAUGCUAAUAACUAGCAUGGGUGUUGCACCCACAAUUUCCAUUUGGGACUAUCCAAAACUCAAGUUUGCAAGAGAUUCUUUUUUUUGGUAAUCUCUGCAAGAAUUUUUUCAUAAUUUACUGAAGCAUAGACAUAACAAGAGUAAAAAGCGUGAGUAGUGGAAAGACUAUGCAAGUUACAAUUUCUGAAAGGCUAAAUGCUUGGUCAAAGAUGGCCUUUUUUUUU